CAGUCAUCGGCGAAAAAUUUGGAUAUCAUUUUUUUGAUUGUAUAUAAGCUGAACUUGGAUCCUCCUUCCAGAUGAUCAAGAAGUAGUUCAAACAACAAACAUCUCUACCUUGCAGGUUGACAGAAGCAUACAUUUCUACACUUGACUAUUCAAAGACAACACAUUACUCACAAUCGUCUCCCAUUACGACAACACCCACAAACCACAACACCCACAACCACAAUGUCGUCAACCACAAGUCACGUCUCGGCCAACGGCCAAACCACCCACAGCCAGUCGACCGUGUCGCACACGCCGGCCCCACCGAGCACCGGGACCAGCCACGCCUACGCCGCCGCCCUGGCGCUCGGGCCGGCCAUGCCCUGGAGCGGAGAGGCGUACAAGGCCAUGACUGCGAGGAAACCGGGCCACUACGCCAAGAAGCCGCAGCACAAGACCGGCAGCAGCAGCAGCAGUGGUUGGAGGUCGCUGCUCAAGGGCUCCUCGGCCGGCAAGAAGAAGGCGGCAGACGCCGAGGCGCACGCCGCGGCUGCGAAGCUGGGUGGCGAUGAGGAUUCUGUCUAUGGACACUAGUUUUGGAUUCUCCUGUGGUCUGUGAGCACCUCGGUGGUGGCAUGAUUACGGUGUUUUUCUUUUCCUUGUCUUUCCUUUUGAGUCGGAGUUUGAAUUUUUGCCUACAUUUCAUACAAGCAAGCGGAUUAUAGAUUGGUGUCAGACGAUACAACCCAGGGGUUUUGGUGCAAGUUUCAUAGAAUUCAAUAACACUUUUUUGUAAAGUUCACAAAGACAAAUUCCCUCUGCAAACUCUACUGGCG